AUGCCGACGCUCGGCGGGACGUUCACGGAGGGAGAGCGGUGGAGCCGCGGGUGCGGCAACGGCAUCGGGCUCUCUGCGCACAAGACAGGAUACAGGAAUGUCGUGCUGUGCGGCGACCAGUGGGUGGAGAGUCAGGAGGCGGACAAGAACCCGCUCCCACCCCUCAACAUGAAGCACUCCCCGCGGUGGGUCUCGACGAUGCAGGACGGGUACAAGCCGGACGGCAAGUACGGCCCGUCGAUCAUGGAGCACAAGGGAAUGGCGGAGGAGACCAAGUUCCUCCUCGGCGGAGUGCCGGCGCACCGCUUGUUCCGGCACGGGAGCGACGUCGGCCCCCUGGACACGUCGUUUGUGUCGACGGCGGAGCUAGCGUUCGCCGAGCCUGAGCUCGAGAAGCCGCGGGUGCAGAGCCAUCUCUGGGAGGGCACGCACAAGCACGACAAGAAGGUCUCGAUGGGCACGCUCCGUACAGGGCAGUCGACCGCGUUGCGCGCCAAGGCCGGGGGCAUCAACGGCGAGGAGCCAUUCGUGUACGAGACGACUACGGAGGCGACGUUGGGGGCCACCGCGCGGCGGGUGGCGGCGGGGGAGGCCGAGCCCCGGGAGGUCGUGGGAGGCACGGGGACGUCGGAGUUCACAAAGUCCUGCAACAGCGUCCACCGCGCCAUGCGCCUGCGCACCUGA